AUGAUUACUCAGAUUUCUCUCCUACUCCUACUCUCUCUUUCCUCCACCGGAGCAACCAACUCCUCCACCGCCGCCAUCGGUGCCGCAUACACUUGUACUCUCACCUCGCCGCCAUCCUCCUCCACCGGCGGCAACCCUUCUGCCAUCGUCGCCUCCGCCGGCCUUCCGCAUCCCAACCCCAAUGUCAUCAGAGCCGUCUCCUUCACCACUGCCUCCCUGCUUCUUUCGAUCCCAAACGGGCUCCUCGCUCCCCUGGCUUCCAAUCGCACUCUGGCCGUUCUCUGGCUCCGCCCCCACGUCCUCCCUUUCUUUCCACGCUGCAAGAUCGCCAUAAUCUCCAUCUCCGUCGGCGAAAGCGACCGGGUCUCCCAGCUCCCGCUCCCGAUUCCCGCUUUCCGCAACAUCCUAAUCGCACUCAGAGGCAUCGGAAUCCGGUUGAUCACAGUCUCCACGGCGGCGUUCCCUCCUUCCCCUGCCGCGUUCGAGGAGCCGAUCGGCGAGGAGCUCAUCCGUCCACUGUUGCUGCAGUUCUUAGAGGAAACAAAUUCCACAUUGUUGGAGAUUCUUGAUCUGAACAACAAGUUCAGGCUCGGAUGGGCUCUGUUCCUGAAAGGGGCAAACGGCGACGACUUCGCCACCGGAGUCCAGCACAUGGAUGCUGUCCCUACGUUAUCGGCGGCACCCGGCCGCGGAAACAUUCCCUGGGUCGUCGGCGAGACGGGCUGGCCGAUCUCCGACGCAGACAUCGCCGCCUAUUCCGGCGCUAAUCCCGGGAAGUACGCUGAGUGGUACUUGAAGUCGUUGGUCGCACACUUGAUCCUCGCCCAUGGAACGCCGCUGGGAAGAGAAGGGCUGGCAGAGGACUACAUCUACAAGUUGGUUGAAGGCGAUCCGGAGGAGGACAACUGGGGCCUAAUUUACCCGCACGAUACUCAUUCCUCAUCUGCUUCCAGCGCAUGUAGCACCUUCACCUUCACCUUCCUAUUAGUGAUAGUCUUUACUCUGCUCGUCCCCCUCCGGAAGGCAUCUCUGUUCGACAACGUCACUUUUCCUCCGGUGAUACUCGCCGGCAUGCUAUACGGUCUGGCGCGUCAGGUAGCCGCCAAAGUCAGAAAACAUAGAGUGCUGUUCAGUUUGGCCACAAUGCUCACUGCUAUAAUCUGGCUUUUUCUGGCCCAGCACUUUUUGGGGCUCUUCACCCUAGUAACCAUCUUCUUCCCUCACUUUCGCGUGGAAUCGUCGCCGGCGGCUUUCAAUGUGAUCCUCUCUUUCGCGUUGAUGUUUCUUCUUAUGACAGUCGUUUUUCUGAUGGUUUUAGAAAAGGUCGUAGCAAUCAAACCCAGACCACUACAAACCAUUUGCCUGAUUGCUGUGGCCGCCCUUCUUACACUUUGGUAUUUUGGCCAUCUUCCGCUGUGA